GUCACACAUGUAGCACAACAUGGCCCCUUACAGCCGGGCUGUUGUUGUGGUAGCUCUCUCACUACUGUACCUGAGUCGGGCAAUUUUUUCCUCGGAGUAUUUCUCCACUCUGACUUUGUUCAACAACGAGCUCCACAAGCAGGGAUGCAGCUCGCUGUCGGAGUGGGAAGAGUACGCGGCGGACUGCGAGUCCUCCAUCUUACAGCUGGAUGACCCAGACUGCGAAGAGGGCAGCAAUCCUCCCUGCGAGUCAGUCUUCUCUCUUAAUGCCGAGAAGAUUUUGAAUCAGGCCAAGUUGUUCAUUGAACAGAAAAAAAUCCCCUUCCCCGUGGAUAACCUCAACACAAUCGAAGACCUAGCUAUAGGUUACGUUCUGAUAGCCAACGGUCUUUAUGAUGAAGCCAUCAAACACUUCUCACUAUUAUUACAGAGUGACCCAGAGCUGGUCAGUGCCAUCUAUGGGAGAGGGAUAGCGUAUGGGAAGAAAAGUUUACAGGACAUCAAGAACGCUGACUUGGCGUUGUACGAGCUCAACAGAGUCAUCACCCUCGAGCCAAACUGGCCGGAGGUCUAUGAGCAGAGAGCAGAGAUCCUGUCUCCGCUGGGACGUAUCAGUGAAGCUCUUGCUGACCUCACUAAAGCCAUCCAGCUGCAGCCGUCAGCGCGACUCUACAGACACAGAGGAACACUACUCUUCAUUUCAGAGGACUAUGUGGCAGCUAUGGAGGACUUCCAGCAGUCUUUAGAGCUUAAGAAGAAUCAGCCCAUCGCCAUGUUGUAUAAAGGCCUCACAUUUUUCCACAGAGGCAUGCUCAAGGAAGCCAUAGAGACGUUUAAGGAGGCUCUGAAGCUAAAAUCUGACUUCAUAGAUGCAUAUAAAAGUCUCGGACAAGCCUACAGAGAGCUGGGUGAUUUUGAGUCAGCGAUGGAGAGCUUCCAGAAAGCCCUCAUGCUGAACCAGAACCACAUCCAGUCUCUCCAGCUCCGAGGCAUGAUGCUGUACCACCAUGGCUCCCUGCAGGAGGCCAUAGGCAACUUCAAGAGGUGUCUUCAGCUGGAGCCAUACAAUGAGGUGUGUCAGUACAUGAAAGGGUUAAGUCACGUGGCGAUGGGUCAGUUCUACGAGGGAAUCAAAGCUCAGACUAAAGUCAUGCUGAAUGAUCCUCUGCUGGGACAGAAAGCCAGCUCAGAAUACCUCAAAGUUAAAUACCUCAGAGAGUAUUCUCGCUACCUGCACUCCCACUUGGACAUCCCAGUAGCAGAGUACAAUGUGGACCAGGACUUACCAGGGAACUUUAAAAACCACUGGGCCAAAAAUUUGCCAUUUUUAAUAGAAGACUAUGAAGAACAGCCCGGUCUGCAGCCACAUAUCAAGGAUGUGCUGCCACAGAACUUUGAAAGCUACAGCAGUGAAGUUCAGAAGUUGAUCUGCACAGCUGACCACCUGGGGGCGCUCAUGCAAUAUGACACUCCUGGUUUCUUACCCAACAGAAGAAUACACAGAGCCAUGGGUUUAGCCACCUUAGAGGUGAUGCAGGCGAUGCAUCGAACAUGGAGCAACUCUAAAGUGAGAGUAAACGGCAAAACCAGACAAAUGCAGUGGAGAGACAUGUUUGACAUAGCUGUUAAGUGGAGAAGGAUUGCUGAUCCAGACCAGCCAGUCCUGUGGUUAGACCAGAUGCCCGCGCGGAGUCUCAGUCGGGGCUUCAACAAUCACAUCAACCUCAUCAGGGGACAGAUUAUCAACAUCAGAUACCUGGCCUACUUUGACAACAUCCUCGACUUCAUCAAAGACAGAAUACUAGUGUAUCACGGGGCGUACAAUCCAAGAGGGCUCCUCGAGGUCCGGCAGGCUCUUGAAAAUGUGAAUAAAGUCGAAGACCUGCUUCCAAUAAUGAAGCAGUUCAACAGUAAAACCAGAGAUGGCUUCACAGUCAACUCCAAGGUGCCGAGCAUGAAGGAUCCUGGGAAAGAGUACGACGGUUUCACUAUCACCAUCACAGGAGACAGAGUGGGCAACAUGCUAUUCUCAGUUGAGACACAGACGACUGAAGAGCGGACGCAGCAGUAUCAGUCAGAGAUAGAGUCCAUUUACAAAGAUCUCACUGCCAAAGGAAAAACACUGAUGCUCUCUACUGAACUUGGGGAUGCAGAUGCCGUGUGUAACCUAAUCCUCUCCUUGGUGUAUUACUUCUGUAAUCUCAUGCCACUUUCCAGGGGAUCAAGUGUGGUGGCUUAUUCAGUCGUAAUGGGAGCGCUGAUGGCCAGUGGGAAAGAGGUCAUCGGAAGGAUCCCAAAAGGAAAGCUCGUGGAUUUUGAAGCCAUGACCACACCCAGUCCAGACAGCUUCAGUAAAACAGCAAAAGGUUGGAUGAAUCUAAAAAGUUUGCCAAGUUGGUACCAGAGUCUUCCAUCAGUGGCAGAAACGUUCCCGUCUUCAAGAACAAUGAUAGAGGUUCUCAACACAGACUCGUCCUCACACUGUCCAAAGAAGUCCUAACAGGACUUCAACACGGGAAGUGGUUAGUGGAAGUGGAAGUGGUUAAUGAAAGUCUUAAUAAUGGAGCUUCUACACUGGGCUGAACAAAGGGACUGUCUUCUUCUGCAACCCAAACAAAACACAACGAAGUUCUCUGUUAAUAUCUUUAGCUUUAAUUUCAAAAUACAAAGACGGAAAGUCAAAUCAUUGUAUGAAACUUUAGUGGAGAUGGAUAUGCCUUUAUCUUUUGAUCCUUGAUAAAAUUGGUGUGAAAUUUUAGUCUAAAAAAGUUUUUUCUCUGUGAGACGACAGCCAGUUUCAGCUUCCUUAAGUCUGACUUAUUAAGUUACACUGCAAAAACUUGAAUCUGAGUAAGUUUAUUUAUCUAAUCUCUAUUCAGAAACAUCUCAGUAUACUUAAUAUUAGGCCUGUAGUCAACCAAAGAAGAUUUUGGGUCUACCGAAAUUACACCCACACACUGACCAAUCAUCAUUACUUCAAGUGUGUGCAGCAGUUGCCGUGGCACACUUCGAGACCAACCUCUAACGGCACACCACUUUUCCUUUAAAUGUAGGAUUAUGACCUGAUAAGGGGGAAAAGCUUUUGAAAAGUGGUUCCACGCUGUGGCAGUGGUUGAUUGUGGUGGCGACACUCGCAGUAAUGACUGCAUGUCCCAGCACUUUAUUCUGGUAUAUUUGGCACACCAGUUUGUACGAUGCAGGUGACUUUGUAGGGAAAAAAUACAUAUUAAGCAUACAUUUCAUACAGUGCAUUUAAGGGAAAAUUUUGCUUGCCACAUUGGCAGUUUAAUUCAGACCUUAUUUUAUCUUGGAAUUAGAUGCUCAUCUGGACUUGUUAGGUGAAUGUAGCUCAUAUUUGUUUUGAUGAGAUAUUUUUAACUAAAAAAAUAGACACAGUCAGAUUUAAGUUUUUGCAGUGUGGUUCAAGAAAGUUUGCUCCAUUUUCACUCAUGCUCCUUAAAUUACUCCUUUACACAUAAAGCAUGGCAAAGCAGGGCAACUUUAUUCAUAGAGAACUAUUCAUACACGGAGCGAUUCCAGGCCCUUUACACAGUUUAAAACAGACUUGUUAUAAGCUAAAAUGUUCAGUUCUUGCAUCAUUUGAAUGUAAUGAUUUUAUAGUAUAACUGGCAAAAAUUCUUAGGAAUAUGCAGGCUGGAAUUUCUUCUGAUUCAGCCCCACAGAAAGAAAGACCAGAAACACAACAGUGGCUGUAAUUUUUCUCAUGUUUACAUGGUAAUUUACCCUCUGUAUACCAAGUCUUCCUGCAGAUUUAAUCCAUUUUUGGCCACAGAUGCUAAUACAUUAUACAUUUUAGUCUUUGCAACACUAAAACUUAAAUAUUUUAAAAGUACCGAUUGCCAAAAUUGACUCAAAAUUUUAAUUUGGGGGUUCCUAGUCAUACUUUUCUUCAUAUUUAGCCCCCAAAAAUUAAUGAAUUAUCUGCUGUGUAUGUGAUCUAGAACAGUGGUUCUCAACUGGUGGGUUGGGACCCAAAAGUUGGUCUCGUAGCUGUUGCAGUAGGACAUGUGUCUGAAAAAAAAUGGUGCCAAAAAGUCCACGAAGUACUGAAGUCCUUGCUGGACAUGCAUCUAUACAUUAUCUUUUACCAUGGGUAAAUUCAAAUAUUUCCCCCAUAUUUCAAUUCAUUUAUCUCAUUAUCUUGCAAUGGCAAAGCUGCUUUUCCCACUGUCAUGAGAUAAUUUUUCAACUACUUAUGAAAUUGCCAAAAAUUUCAGGUAAUCGGGGGGAGUGGUUUGUAAAACAAGUAAGUUCUGCCUUGUCUCUUUUCUAUGUUAUGUAUUUUGCUCCAAGAUCCAAGCUGCAAUGUUAUUCCUGAAAUAAACAUGCGUAGUUGAAAAUUUUAGGAAAUUUGGGUCGCGAUGUGCCAUUCAGGAAACUGAGGGGUCCUGAGGCUGGACCAGCUGAGAACCAAUGAUCUAGAAUCCAGAACAAAAUUUACUUUCCCCUUACUCUAAACACUUGACCGCCAACUCAUGCUCAUCUGUCUGCAGCCAGGCUGAUGUUUUUUUUUCCAAGUAAUUAAUACGAAAUACAGAACCUUUGGUGCUUUCGGCACCUUUGCUUUCAAUGAGUCCUUUUAUUUCCACACUCUAGUAUUUUGGAAAAGUUGACAGAAAGCUUAAGUGUCAUAGUUUGGGCUGCAGAAGUGAUCAUGUUCACCCUUUUUCCCUUUUCUCUGCUUUUCAGGCCUUGCAUUAAAACAACCAAAGCACAAAAUCCAUCUAAUAAACAGCCAUCAUGAACAAUCUUAUGUUUCUCAGUCAUGGUCAAAAUUUUAGCUUUAGAUUGCUUUAAUCUGGAUGUUUAUUUGUGAAUGUUUCCUGCUACCUAAAGUAAGAUUUAAUUUAACUUCAGGGAGUCUAAUUGGCACUUUAAACUAUAAAACCACUGUUAAACACAGAGUCCAGCCUAUCAGCAGAGAAGAAGUUUUAAAACUAUGAAACAAAAACCAUCAGGGCUAUCGAAUUCCACUUGAGAUACUUGAAGCAGUCUCUUUAUUUUGCUUUCUCGACACUUAGGGGAAGAAGUGUCUCUUCUCUUAUGGGAUAUUAAACCUGUUUUCUUUCAUUGUGACCAAUAAAGGGUUGGUGGUUUUAGGGUGGGUUGGCAGUAGAACUAGAAUAAAGCAAUAGUCAGAGAUCUUUGAGAAUUUUUAGAGGAGUGCUCAAGGCCUUUUUGGGACCAGAUUUCCUUUAUGGAGUAACUGACCAACACAGAAACCCUUAAGUGAUACAUAAUCAUAUUUUUAUUUUCCCAACAAAGUAAGUAGUUUCAAGAUCAUUUUUGUCUCCCCUUUCAGAGUAAUGCUUACUUUCCCAUAAUAAGAAGUAAGUUCCUCAAGAUCUUGAGAGAAUAACUGAGAUUGGCACUUUGUCACAGAACAAACAGCUUUUAUAUGAGGUCUCAAGAAAACAACAAAAAAUAUAUCACUGGAAACUUGGUUAAAUAAACUAGUAUGUGUAAAUUUUGUCAUUGAAUUGUCUGCAAAUUUGGUGAGUUUUUGGGCAUCCUAAGACCCAUGAAUUUGCUAUUUAUUUUGAGAUAAAGAAAAACUAAAAUUCCAGUUCCAACAGUCUUCCCAUUCUUAAGUUAGUACUUGAGUCUUACUAAAUUGUGUGAAUGUAUAUCUGUUUAGACUUUUGUAGAUAAACUAUGAAAUUAUUUUUAUUAUUCAGACAACUUUAAAGCAAACAGACCAUUGUUUGCUGAUUCCAUCUCCUCCAAUGUGAAGAUUUCUGACUUCUGAUUUCAAGUUUAGUUUUCUGACAUUUUGAGGCAAAAGAUCUCAUGAUUUUAAUAAUAAGGUCUUUUACACUUGCAAAUGUAAUAACUGCCCACAAGCAUAGUAAACCACAAACAUAAUAUAAAUCAGAAAUUUUUACCAUAAUAGUCACCAAAAUUUGAUAAAUUUCCCACAAAUGUAAUAGUAUUUGCUGACUGAAAACACAACAAAAUUCCCACAAACCUAAUAACUAUUAAAUUUGUGGUAAGGUAAAAUAUAUCUGGUUUUUGAAAAUUGAAAUUAUUCCCACAAAUUUAAUAUGAACAUGAAAACUAAAUGUUUGAGGUCAUUGUUGUUUGUUGUAGCCUUUUUGUAGCUGCUAGCGGGUUUAAGUCAGCUUGGGCUCAAGCACUUUAAAAAAUGUAGUCAUUUUUUUGUUUGCCAUGAAACAGGAAGUAUUUUUUUCAGUCGUAAAACACCGAUAGAGCCCUGAAUCUUAGCGGAGUUUUAAAUGUAAUAUGAACACGAAAACUAAAUGUUUGUGUUCAUUGUUUUUGUUCUUUGAUGUUCAAGUCAGUUCAAGGUCAAGUUACAUCAAAAAACGUAGACUUGGUGAUUUUUUUUGUUCGCCAUGAAACAGGAAGUUGAUUUUUCAGAGUCUGUUUGACUCAUUUGAAUCAACUCUAUUAAGAUUCAUGGCUCUACCAGUGUUUUAAGACUGAAAAAAACUACCUCCUGUUUCAUGGUGAACUAAAAAUUGCCAUAGCUACAUUUCUUGAUGUGAAAAGAGCUUGAACUCACUGGCAGUUGUAAAAAAAGGCUACUUAAAACAAUGACCUUUACUUAAAUUUUUCAUGUUAACAUUAUAUUUGUGGAAAGUUAAUUCAAUUUUAAGAGACUGAUUUUAACCCAACCAUUAACGUAAUAAAUCCCUGCAAAUGUAAUAGUUAUUACAUUGGCCCGUUACUCAUUCAGCCUUGUUGCUUCAAAGUAAGUUUUUUCAAAUAAUUUUGACACUUAGAUUCUAAAAAUUUACGGCCCUUUUUUUGAUCUAGCCUUUGCUAAAUAAGGGGACAAUCCUUUUCAGUAGAAGCUAACUAGUAAAGCCUUCUAAAUUUUCUCCAAUAUCUCUGACUGUUGUUAUUAAUUAUGGACGAAGGAAAGUACACCACAUGCUGUUAUUUUCUUUGCCAGCAUUCCUCAAUCUUUGUUUUUCUUCUCUUAUAAUCUCAUGGAUUAAAUUUGCCUGUAUGAGCCAUCCUUACGGAAAUCUUGGACCAAUAAUAGAAUCAGAAAAAAGAGCUUGUAUUUCUCCAGAUGUUCACCAUGAUCUACUUCCUGUAGAAUCUUUUCCUUUGGUCCUUUUACAGAUUUUCAGAGAAAAUCAAAUAAAAAGAACUUGGUUAAAGACAAAAGCCAUUGCAGUGAAAGUAAAAGUUACAAGUCUGCUCAAAAGUUUUUAAAUUAAUUCCAGAUCCUAUUCAGUUUAAAUCUGCUUGUAAUUUCAACAUGCACAACCCAUAAAGCCUAUAAUGUUUAAGAUUUUCAUUAUUCCUGUUAAUACAAUGUUAACUUGGGUCAAUUCUUUAAGGGAAGAUACUUGGUUACUGCAUAGGAAUGUGAUGUUUACAUGCAGCACAUUACAAAACAGCUGCUGCCUUUAUUGAAGACGUUGGUUCAAGCACAAGGAGGAAAAAGCGAACAAGCUCAGCACCUCGAGUAUUCUGAGAGUUUUUAGUCUUAUGAACAAACUUCAGCAUCAUUUAACCUUCAGAGCUUGAGAGUCAUCACAGAAAGACAUCUAUGCCGCAAUGAAUGUCUCCUCAUUUUGUCUUUUAAUUUUAUCAAAAACACCAACAAACAGCUCUGUUUAAAGGCAUAUCUGAUUUAUUUUCUGUUUCCUACAGUCAGUCUUACAUUUGUUUUGCUUUGUACCACUGUCAUAUCAAUGAUUGUCCUGACUGGUUUGUAAUUUUCUUUAUUCCACUGGGCGAUCCAGUUGUUAAGUGCUAUGGUGGGCGUCAGAACAAGGAGUACAUGACUUAUCGUAAAGCUUAAAACUUGAAGGAGGGAAUGUUUUAUUGAACAAAUGAAUGAAUGUUCAGCAGUCAAUAAAACUGGUUGACAAUU